GCUUCGCUGUGGCUACAAGGCUAAGGCUCUGCCGAGAGGGGCGCGCCUGGCAUGCCAGGGGUAAAGAUGGCGGUCCCCAAGUGGAAGCUGGCGGCAGGUCUUUUCCCGCGCCUGCAUCUGAGGGCUCCGACGGCGAGGCGGCUCUCGGACCGGGCGGUUCCCCGACCUCUGUGGAAACUGGGGCGGCUCAACCACGUGGCCAUCGCCGUGCCCGACCUGAAGAAAGCCACCGCUCUGUACAGGGACGUGCUGCGAGCCCGAGUGAGCGAGGUCGUCCCCCUCCCAGAGCACGGGGUCUACACGGUCUUUGUGGAGCUGGGAAACACGAAACUGGAGCUUCUUCACCCCCUCGGAGAGAAGAGCCCCAUAGCUGGUUUCCUGCAAAAAAACCAGGCCGGAGGAAUUCAUCACAUCUGCCUUGAGGUACUUGGCCCUCUGGAUCCAUUUCAAACAGAAGGGAUCCUUCUGAGCAAAACCCGCUCUCGGAAUAGGCACUGGAAUUAA